UGUUCCUGAAUAGUGUCAGCGAGUGUUGCGAUCACUUUGAUAAGUCUGCCAACUUUGGACAAGUGCAUUUUUGCUGUGCAAGCCUCCAAACUUACUACAAACCGAACACAAACGAUGUUUGUGUUUACUGCUGCCAAGUUUUGUCGAUGACAUCCAUGUCCGGAUAGAUGCUCGUCUAAACAGUCGUACAAAUGGAAAUCGUGCCUAGCGAGGAGAACCAGUUCGUACCCAAAGAGAUACAGAAUGCAGCUGAGGAGCCCAGAGUGCUGUGUAUAAUCCAGGACACCACCAGCGCAAAAACGAUCAACGAGAGGCUGACCCUCAACUUGCCUGCUUCCACAACUCUUUCCAAACUUUAUGAGGACAUUGCACACAAAGCUGGAUAUGUGACCGGCACGUUUGAGCUCGCAUGGGGAAACAUUACGGACAUGGCGCCCCUGGAACAGAACAGUGAGAUGUCCCUCUCAAGCGCUGGGUUCCAGCCUGGUAAGAAGAAUUUUCUUCAGCUUACAGAUAAAGACGGAGAGCAGCCGCAGAUUGCAUCGGAUGAAUCAGGAGCAGCGGAUAGCAGUGGGCUGGAUGACAGCUCCCAGGAGCAAUUUAUUGGACCCCUACAAAGAGAUGGUAGUGCAGGUGGCAGCGGCGACUACAGCAGCCCAUUAUACUCCUACUCAUCUAUCCUCAGUAAAUCUGAGACAGGUUACGUAGGCUUGGUUAACCAAGCUAUGACAUGUUAUUUGAACAGUCUUCUGCAAACGCUUUUUAUGACACCAGAGUUCAGAAAUGCACUCUAUAACUGGGAGUUUGAGGAGUCGGAGGAGGAUCCAGUCACCAGUAUACCAUACCAGCUGCAACGGCUGUUUGUUUUGCUGCAGACCAGCAAGAAACGGGCCAUUGAGACCACCGAUGUGACGAGGAGCUUCGGUUGGGAUAGCAGUGAGGCUUGGCAGCAGCAUGAUGUCCAGGAACUGUGCAGGGUCAUGUUUGAUGCCCUGGAGCAGAAAUGGAAGCAAACAGAACAGGCUGAUCUGAUCAACCAGUUGUAUCAAGGGAAGUUGAAAGAUUAUGUGCGCUGUUUGGAGUGCGGCUACGAGAGCUGGAGAAUCGAUAUUUACUUGGACAUCCCUCUUGUGAUCAGACCUUUUGGAGCCAGCCAGGCCUAUGGGAGCGUGGAGGAGGCUUUGCAGGCAUUCAUCCAGCCUGAAACUCUGGAUGGGCCCAACCAGUACUUCUGUGAACGCUGCAAAAAGAAGUGUGAUGCUCGAAAGGGUCUGAGAUUUCUGCACUUGCCCUACCUGCUGACAUUACAGCUGAAAAGGUUUGAUUUUGACUACACCACUAUGCAUCGCAUUAAGCUAAACGACCGCAUGACUUUCCCUGAGGAGCUUGAUAUGAGUCCAUUCAUCGAUGUAGAAGAUGAGAAGUCGCCUCAAACAGAGAGCUGCACUGAUAGUGGUGCAGAGAAUGAAGGCAGUUGCCACAGUGACCAAAUGAGCAAUGAUUUUUCCACUGAUGACUGUGUGGACGAGGGCAUCUGCUUGGACAGCACUAGCAACACAGAGAGGGCGCUGAAGCCAAAGAGCUUGCUGACUUUUGAGCUGUUUUCUGUCAUGGUCCAUUCGGGAAGUGCCGCAGGUGGUCACUACUACGCCUAUAUCAAGUCCUUCAGUGAUGGUCAGUGGUACAGCUUCAAUGAUCAACAUGUUAGUAAGAUCACCCAGGAUGAUAUUAGGAAAACAUACGGGGGUUCCUCAGGGAGCAGAGGCUAUUAUUCCAGUGCCUUUGCAAGUUCUACAAAUGGAUAUAUGCUGAUUUAUAGACUGAAAGAUCCCUCAAGGAACGCAAAGGUUUUAGAUGUGGAAGACUUUCCAGAGCACAUAAAGAGUCUGGUUCAGAAGGAGAAAGAGUCUGAGGAGCAAGAAAAACGCCAGAGAGAGAUUGAGCGCAACACUUGCAAGAUCAAGCUUUUCUGCAUGCAUCCUGUAAAGAUGAUGAUGGAGAGCAAGUUGGAAGUUCACAAGGACAAAACGCUGAAAGAAGCAACAGAAAUGUCCUACAAGAUGAUGGAGCUGGAAGGAGUCGUUCCUCUGGAAUGCUGUCGCUUGGUAAAAUACGAUGAGUUUCACGAGUAUCUGGAGAGAUCGUACGAAGGAGAAGAAGACACUCCCAUGGGGCUCCUCCUCGGAGGUGUCAAGUCUUCAUACAUGUUCGACCUGCUUCUCGAGUCUCGCAGGCCAGAACAAGUGUUCCAGCCUUACAAACCUGGAGAAGUGAUGGUGAAGGUUCAUGUUGUGGAUCUGAAGACCGAGUCCAUUGCCUCUCCAAUCAGUGUUCGAGCAUACUUGAACCAGUCAAUCACUGAAUUCAAACUGCUCAUUGCACAGGCUACAGGGCUUUCUGCAGAAACCAUGCGAGUAGUCUUGGAGCGCUGCUAUAAUGACCUCCGGCUCCUUCAUGUUCCAAACAAGACGCUUAAAGCCGAGGGAUUCUUUAGGAGUAACAAGGUGUUUGUAGAGAGCUCUGAGCUGUCGGAUCAUCAGGUUCCUUUCUCAGACUCGCUCUUGUGGAAGCUCUUGGAUCGUCACGGGAAUACGAUCCGACUCUUUGUCUUACUGCCUGAGCAGUCUCCUGGUACCCUGGCUAACAGAACUGUUUGCCAAAAAGUGGGAGAAGACUGCGAUGGACCCUUUGAGGGUUCAAAAGACAACAGGAAAUCCGUAGAAGCUAUUCUCGAGGAAAGCACCGAAAAAUUAAAAAACUUGUCUUUGCAGCAGCAGGGGUCCAGCACAAGCGACAGCCAAAAAAGCUCGGAUGCCAGUGACUUUGAGCACAUCGAGUCUCCGAUCCAAGAAGCGGACUCGAACGCUUCGCUCUGCGUGGCUGCAGACAACCGAGAGUUAGAGAACCGGAUCAAAGCCACACCCAGCGGGGGCGCCUCAUAUGACACCGAGAACCAGUUUGCCUGCGAGGAACGGUCGGACUCUGAGGUGAACAAUGAUCGUAGCACGAGCUCAGUGGACAGUGACAUUCUGAGCUCCAGCCACAGCAGCGACACGCUGUGUAACGCAGACAGCGGCCCCAUCCAGCUGGCCAACGGCUUGGAUUCACACAGCAUUACAAGUAGCCGACGGUCCAAAGCCCACGAGGGGAAGAAAGAGACGUGGGACACUGCUGAGGAAGACUCUGGAACAGACAGCGAGUACGACGACAAUGGGAAAAGCAAAGCAGAAGCUCAGUACCUGUACUUCAGAGCAGAACCUUACGCUCAGGAAGAAGCUUUAUGGGAAACACAAAAAUGCGUGGUGGUUCAUGUGGACAAGAGAAUAACGUUGGCAGCGUUCAAACAGAGGUUGGAGCCUUACGUAGGUGUGAUGUCAUCCCAGUUCAAGGUGUUUCGGGUUUAUGCCAACAACCAGGAGUUCGAGAGCGUACGUCUCAAUGAAACACUUUCGUCAUUCUCCGACGAUAACAAGAUAACCAUUCGACUUGGAAGAGCUCUGAAAAAGGGUGAAUACAGAGUUAAAGUGUAUCAGCUUCUAGCAAAUGAACCAGAGCCUUGUAAAUUCCUUGUGGACACGGUGUUUGCUAAGGGCAUGACCGUCAGACAGUCCAAGGAGGAGCUGCUUCCUCAGUUAAAAGAUCAGUGCAAGCUUGACCUCUGCAUCGACAGGGUUCGCCUCAGAAAAAAGACCUGGAAGAAUCCAGGCACAGUGUUUCUGGAUUACCACGUCUACGAAGAAGACAUCAGCAUUUCUUCCAACUGGGAGGUUUUCUUGGAAGUCCUUAAUGAACCAGAGAAGAUGAAGUCCAUGUCGCAGCUGGCCAUUCUGACUCGACGGUGGAGUCCGGCUACAAUGAAGCUUGGUCCGUUCCAGGAGGUGAUUCUGGAGAGCAGCAGUGCAGACGAGCUCAAGGAAAAGCUCAGUGAAAUCGGUGGUAUUCCUCUUGAAGACCUGGAGUUUGCAAAGGGCAGAGGAACAUUCCCUUGUGACAUAUCGGUGUUGGAAAUCCAUCAGGAUCUGGACUGGAACCCUAAGGUGUCAACCCUUAAUGUGUGGCCUCUUUACAUCUGUGAUGAUGGCGCUGUGGUCUUCUACAGGGACAGCAGAGAGGAACCUCUGGAGCUCUCGGAGGACGAGCGUAACGAGCUACUGAAGAAGGAAAGCAGUCGACUGCUGAAGACGGGACAUCGUGUCAGUUACUCUCCGCGAAAAGAGAAGGCCUUGAAGAUCUACUUGGACGGUGGUCCCCUGAGAGACCCCGGGCAGGACUGAAGCACUGACGGUCACUCUGUGGCAGAUUGUCUGGCCGCUGCAGGAGAGCAACCAGACAUGGGGACUGAACGUCGAGCCCAAAAGUGACUUGAAGUCGAGCAGCGUUUCGAGGUGGACGUGCUCUCGCUCAGAGCCCCUGGGCUGGCUCCAGCACCUGCUGUGCACUAUAGUAUACUGUACUAUAAAAUUUAAAGGGAAGUACAAAAGCUGGUGUCGCAGGAGAAGAAGACUACUGUACUGACAAAUCAUUUGAAAUAAAAAAAAGCUUCUGACGUGGAGAAUUU